AUGUGUUUUGUGAAUGGCUCUCAACCUAAGCCAUCCCCAACUGAUCCAACAUAUCAGGCAUGGAUCAGAUGUAAUGAUAUAGUCAGAGGUUGGAUUCUGAAAUCUUUAGGUCCAGUUAUAGCCAAGAGUGUUUUCUUCUUCAAGACAGCUAAAGAAAUGUGGCAAAAUAUGGAAGAAAGGUAUGGACAAACUAGUUCAACACAACUAUUUGCUAUUCAAGAGGAGAUAGCCACAAUACAGCAGGAAAAUGACGAUGUAGCUGAAUUUUUUGCUAAGAUCAAAGUUCUUUGGGAUGAGCUAGAUGAGGUCUGUCCUUUGCCAACUUGUGAAUGUAACAGAUGUACUUGCAACCUAACCUCCAAGUUCCUGAAAAUCUUGCAAGAUCAACGACUCAUGCAAUUUCUUAUGAAGUUAAGGGAGGAAUACAGGCAAACUAGAAGCAAUAUUAUUAUGAUGCAUCCCUUGCCUAAUAUCACACAAGCCUACAUACCCUCAUUGAUACCUGAUAUUGAUGAACAACUUAUUUAG